GGCCAGAGUGCGUAGACCACGCCUCACCGCGUGCUCGGCGCACGCGUGGUUCCGCCUAUCGUCGUGCACGCUUCCCGUCCGCGGCCCGCGACGGAACGGCGCGACCGUCCGCGACUCCACCGCGGCCGCGACACGUCGUCGUCACGCGACGCACUAUCGGUUUGGAGGUCCUGCGUCGUCUUGCGGCCCGCGUGUACUGUCGGUAUUCUCUCGGAGCAGACAAAGAGAGAGAGAGAGAGAGAAAACAAGUCCCCCGUCCUGUCGUUCCCUGUCGCAGUGCUCGUCGCCGCGUGCGAUGGUGGAAGGCACCAACGAGAAAUGACGAGAUCAAGCUGACUAUCCUAUUCGACUCGAUGCAUCGGAAUUCGAGCUUGAAUUUCAUCUCAGUCGCGUGGAUGCCAAUUGAGCCGCCGCUCCGAAGAGGACCUAGUGGAGAUCGUGACCACGUUUCGUCUUGAACGCACGUAGAAAUCCGACUGUUCCAGCCUUUGCCUCUCGCUCGGAAGUGUCACUCGAAGAGGGGAAAAAAAAAGUCCAGUUUCUACAAGUGUUUCUAUCAACUUCACCGCCUAGCGGAAUUCUUACGAUCCGCGCCUCGUCUGGACCGAAUGUACUCCGAUAAGUUUUCUCGUCAUUCAUCAAUGCCGCUCGCAAGAACAUCGUGAUCCUCGCGCCGAGUUCAUCAGUCGCGUGUGACUGUCAAGUCCGCACAUGACAAAAACGAAAUUCUCGGCACAAGUCCGACGGAUCACUUCGCUUCGUCGUUCAGAACUUGCGAGAAUCCACGAGAAACGAUCUCUGUGUAUCUUUUCGUUAUUUCCGAAUUGAUUUGACGCCGCGAACAGUGAUUUAACGCCGCGAAAAGUACCGCGGAUUCUCCCGCAACGUGAUCUCCUCCCACAGAUCGAAUCCCGAGAGCGAGAUUUACGGAAGUCAAGUUAACACGCAUGCGGAGUUAAGGGACAAAGUCGAAACGACGACACGAGGUCGGGAAAGUGUGGCGGGAAGUGGCGGAAUCGGCGGCGUAUCGAUUGGAGAUCGGAGACGGCGGGCACUCGCCAGAGCGUCCGUCGACCGGCUGACACUCGCGGGGAAAGGGGGUCCGCGGCGGUGCGGAAGAGAUCGGAAAGGUGUUGUUCAGCCACGAGUCCAGGAUUCUCACCCCCGGAGGCAGUGCCAUCUCGCCCGGGGGCGCGGGGCCACCCGCGAGCCCAUCACCGGGACACUAUCAUCCUCCUGCGCACAGUCCGCCCCUGGUCAAGAUUGGCGCAGUCCACGCCCACCAGCCGAACAAUAACCACCACCAGCACCAUCAGCAACAGCAGCAACAGCAACAACAGGCGUCGAGUCAACCGCAGGUGCCGGGUGCUGGCGCGGGAGGGGCCGGCGGGCCGGGGGCGGCGUGGCCAGGGCCGGAGGCAUGUUCUGCUACCACUGCCCCCCGGGCCUCCCAGCGCCGCGAUUACCGCCAUCCCUGGAGUAUCCUUUCGCCCCGACUCACCCCUAUACUAGUUACUCCGCCUAUCACCCAGCACUGCACGGAGUCGGUGAAGAUUCCUUCGUGCGGAGGAAGCAGCGGCGAAACAGGACAACUUUCACCCUCCAGCAACUGGAGGAACUCGAGUCCGCCUUCGCGCAGACUCACUACCCGGACGUCUUCACGAGGGAAGAUCUGGCCAUGAAGAUUAAUCUUACGGAGGCUAGAGUACAGGUAUGGUUCCAAAAUCGGCGGGCGAAAUGGCGUAAGAGUGAACGACUGAAGGAGGAGCAACGCAAACGCGAGGGUGGAAACGGCGGCGGCGGCGGCGGUGGUGGCAACGGCGGUAGUGCGAGCGGCGGUGGCGGCGGCAGCGGCAGCGGAAACGUAGAAUCUUCCACUUUGGCUGCGCCGACGUCCUCGUCGGCGGGCCCGAGUCCCACGGGGAACGAUCCGGAGGGCACGACGACGAGCAGCAGUGCCGCCGACACGGAGGACGCCGCGGCGGAGGGCGCCGGAGGAGGCGGCGGCGGCGGUGGCUCCAGGAGCCCCAGCACGACUUCCGCCUCGGUCAGUCCUCGACCUCAGCCGAGUCAGCCGUCCCUGGGUGGCGUCUCGACGCCACCGCCGACCCCCAUAAGGGCGCCGCCGCCGCCACCGAGCACCGUGGGGGGCCUCGGACCGCCCGCCGAGAGCGCUACGGGGAUAGGCGCAGGUUUCAGGCCAGUGGAACCGCCGACGUCCCUUUUCUUCUCGCCUCAUCUGGCCGCCCAAUUCUCGCCACCGCUCUUCAGCAACAAGAUGGUCAGUAGCGCGUCGACAUCGUUGACAUCGACGACUCCUACGUUAUGGACGACCAGCGAUCAGCAUCGGCCGAGCAGUCUUCAGGAGAUGCUGUCUUGGUCACCGACCGGCUGGCCCGGUUCCAUUUGCGGCUGUUGCAAACCCGGCACCGCCGGCACCGGUGCCACGGAUCUCCAUCGGAGCAACAGCCUAGCCGAGCUGCGAAGGAAAGCUCAGGAACACUCGACCGCCUCCGCUCUCCUCGGCGGCCUCGCCGGCUUCCCCGGCGGACUACCCCUGCCUCUACCCCUACCGCUGCUGCCGCCCUUGUUGGGCCUCUCCAGGCGACCAGAGCAUCAUCAUCAUCACCACCUGCCUAGCGUGGUGCACCAGAUACAACCCACCACUAAGGAAGAUCCCUAGGAUCGCCUCCACGAAUGCCGGAAUCGUCUCGUAGACGCAAGAUAUAAAUCUCAAAGGGAUAUUCUGCGCGUAUCGGAUGGUUGCAAAGUCGAAGCUAGACAGCGAUAUAACAAUCUCGGUGAGUUCGGAUCUCGAUGCUAUGUAGAUGCUGAAGAAUGUUAUAUAUGAAGAAUGUUAUAAAUAUAGAAUGUUAUAAAAAAUAUAUAUAGAAUGUUAUGCGUUUCUGUGUCUUUUCAUAAACGGAAAAUUAUUUUUCUAGCUUCUUUAAAGUAAACACUACCGCGACACAUAAUUCUUUUUUGUUAGAUUUUAUUUUUACUAAGUUUACAGUGUUUUUAUAAAUCGUUGAUUUUUCAUUCAGUUGAUUAUGAUUUAAGUUUUCCGUAAAUAUAGCGUCGAAAAUUGAACUCAUCGAUGUUACACACAACCAUCUUCGUAAGUGCUUUCCUUAUUACAAAUAAAUAAUUGCAUCUUAAUCUUCUCGUAUUUUUUUAAACGGAAAAAAGCUUUUCUAAGUUUCGACGUUGUGAUAGUUCAAGCGAGUUUAAGGGUCUCAAUUCUGAAAGACGAUGAAGAAUUAACGAACCGCAUUGCUAUUAGGUGGUAACUCUGGCUCGGUAAGGCGGGCCCGCGCAAACACCGCAAACUGUAUUCAUACUGUCUUCGAUUGCGACUUGUUAAAAUAAACAUGGCGCAAAUCCUGUUAGGAACUUGCGCAAUCUUGAUAGAAAACUUAUUUUAAGCUCAUAUAACACGUUGAUUUUUGAGAAAAAAAGAGAUGCUGAGAAGAAAUUUCCGUUCGCAGCAAAUUUGACAAUCAAUUGCGACAAUUUUACGCCACUGAUUUUAUUAAGUUUUUGUGUUAAACUUUAUAAUUUCGACCUGUUUCUCUUCAAAAAUGUUAAAUGAUUAUUUGCGAUUACUUCUGAUGUUUCUCGGCCGUUCUAUCAUUUUUGAAUUUUAAUAAAAAUGGGAAACAAACAAGAUACUAUUAAUACUCAUUGCAUAUGCAAUAAACGGUUGAAUAAUGCAGCACUAUCAAUUUGCAGAUUACUUUGUUAUAUCCGCGAACGAUGUAAAUAGACGGGGUGCAUUACAAUAAUCUUCCGUAGUAUUCUCAGACACGUAAAACUUUUUCUCACAUAUGUACUCAACAAUAGCGUCUAACUCUCCAUAUUACGAAUUUAUAUUUUAUUUAUUGCCUUAUAACUCGCGAACCAGACACGUUUGUAUCGCCACUGUUCACUAUCUACAACGUAUGAAAAUCGUUAAGUUCCAGAUGUAUCGCAAAAAAAAACAAAAAAAAAAAGAUUUGUCGAAACUCAUGGCGGAGGAAGCAUUUAAGAAAAAUUCUGCGAAAAGGGGAAAGCCAGAUUUCGGACUGACUUCUCGAGUUUGGAACACGCGUCGCGAUACGUUUGUAUUGUACAUAAUGAGAAUAAAUGCGGCGAGAACGGGAAACGAGAAGGAAUACGCGAUAUUGCGGUCGAGAGCUGUGCGAGAGAUGUGUAGCAGGGUGGUUUACGGAUGGUUUCGUUUCCUUCCACGCGAGUAAGAAGACGCGACGGACCAACACGUGCCUGAUGCGCUGUAUAUUCAAUUGCUCGAUACGCUCGACCAGUCGAUUCGUUCAAGCCACGCGGACAGGCUCGAGUGUGCAUUCAUCAUAAAAUUCCUACGAGCGGGAAUUGAAACCGAUAUAAUCUCGGCUCAGAUUUCGAUACCGCUGUCAGAAAACGUUCGGAUGUUUCGUAUGUUCCUUGAAUUAAAUUGAUCUCGAGAUUAUAUGGAUUUUAAUCCCCCGGUUAAAAGUAAAGCGAAGAAACUCGUUUCGAGUUGGUUACUACUCUUAUAUGCCUUAAAAAAAAAAAAAAAAAGUUCGUCGAUCGGCCGGCAAUAUUAACCGAUUUCAGAUCUUUGCUACGUUUGCGAGUGCCGUAAUUCAUCAAAUAAAAUCCGUCGUUCUGGCGCACAGAGACCGAGAGACGGUCGAAACGCAGAGCGGAAGGCGAGAUUACGGAACGGAUUUGGUUUGAUGAUUGCGCACAAAAUUCGACGAGAUAACGAUAAUUCCAUUUAUGUCGCAGUCCCUCUGGAUUUUCGCGAAACGAAAGGCGUAGAAGGCGAAACGGACGUAGUUGUUUGUAGAGACCUGUAUAUUACCUCUCGAUAAAUAGUCAGUGCUAAUCAAAGAUAGUCUAAUGAAAGGUAUAGCGUAAGGUAGCGAUUAACUGUGUAGUCAAAACUGUGGUAGCGAUAUAUCGAAUAAACUUGUUCUCUCAUGUGAUGAA